AUGUACACCAUCCCACCAGUUCCACAAAUCACUUCCACAACAAACCCUUUACAUCUAGCUCCCACUAAUGCUCACCAUAUGACCACAAGAGCCAAUGAUUGUAUUCGCAAACCUAAAGCCUAUUCAGCCACAAAUUACCCUUUACCCGAGUCUCUUUUACCAAAAGAACCAACCUCAAUAAAGAAAUCACUAGCUGAUUCCCAAUGGUUAGACUCUAUGCAUAGUGAAUAUGAUGCACUUAUCAAAAAUGGUACAUGGACUUUGGUCCCUUAUGAGCCACACAUGCAUCUUGUUGGAAACAAGCUCCACGUGUCUGGAAUGACAAGCUCAAACAGACCUUAUACAGUAAAGGUUUCACUGCCUCAAGUCAAUCCUUCUGUUUUUGAUGUGAGGACAUAUGGUGCACAACCCAGCACCGACAUCAGUAAAGCACUCUCCAAAACAUGGAAACAAGCAUGUGCAUCUGCCACCCCAUCUGAAUUACUAAUUCCGAAGGGAACAUUCAAGUUAAAACGAGCUACAUUAGAUGGACCAUGUAAGGCUCCAAUUAAGAUUAAUCUUCAAGCCACGUUGCAAGCCCCAAGUGACCCCACUGGUUUCAAAGAUGGAGAUGGAUGGGUUACUUUUGAACGUAUUGACAGACUAACCUUAAUGGGCGGUGGAAGUUUUGACGGGAAAGGCAAAGCAGUUUGGGGAAAGCAUUGCGCACAAGGACAGUACUGUAGCAAACUUCCCAUAAAUGUCAGAUUCGACUAUGUUACUAAUUCCAUAGUUCAAGAUGUAAUAUCACGUGAUAGCAAACAAUUCCACAUCAAUGUGUUGGGUGGCCAAAACAUUACCUUCUCACGUGUUCGAGUAAUUGCUCCUGAAAAUAGUGCUAAUACUGAUGGAAUCCAUAUUGGACGCUCAAAUGGAGUAAACAUCAUUGAUUCAACAAUUCAAACAGGAGAUGAUUGUGUUUCUAUUGGAGAUGGUAGUAAACAAAUAACUGUUACAAAUGUUACAUGUGGACCAGGACACGGUUUCAGUGUUGGAAGUCUAGGAAAAUAUAAAGACGAGAAAGCUGUGGAAGGAGUAAUUUUCAAGGGUUGCACAAUGAAAAACACAAUGAAUGGUGUUAGAAUCAAAACAUGGCCAGAUUCCACUGAUGGUUUGGCAUCGAACAUGCAUUUUGAGGAUAUUGACAUGGAAAAUGUUGGCAAUCCUAUUCUUAUAGAUCAAGAGUAUUGCCCAUGGAAUAAUUGCAACAAAAAGGUUCCAUCAAAAAUUAAGCUCAAGGAUGUUAUCUUCAAGAAUAUUCAUGGUACUACUACAUCAGCACUUGCAAUAAACUUAAUUUGUAGCAGUGGAUAUCCAUGCCAAAAUGUGGCGAUCGAGAACAUCGAUCUCAAGUAUAAUGGAGGAGAAGGCUCUAUCACCUCCAAGUGCAAAAAUGUCAAACCAAAGACAAUUGGCAAACAAAACCCUCCUCCAUGCAGUGCUAUAUGA